ACUGAAUUAUAUAUUCCAGGUGUCCAGACAGAGACAACAUUGUCAAGUUUUGAUGUUAGCACAAAAUUAGUUUCUCAUACAGCUGUUGCGUCUUCCACGCCCCUCAAGACUUCAUCAAAGAGACCUUGUCUGGACCUUGAGGAAGAUGAAGAUAUCCUACAGGAAUGCUCUUCAAUACUAACAGCACAAGAGACUGAUGUCACAUUUAAUCCUGCAGAGGCAGACACAUCAAUAACAGAGCCAAAAGACUUGUCAGCUCAGGAAUCCAGCCCUAUUCAAAAAAUUUGUAAAUAUAUUGUCUAUGAGACCUGCAUCAUGGAACUGUUUGAGGUGUGCCCAGUAUGUCAUAGAAGCUGUCAUAUAAGAUCACAAAGGAUUGGAACAUUUCUACGUGUUGAACAACUCUGCCACCAUUGUCAGUUCUCACGGAAAUGGAACAGUCAGCCGAUUUUGGGCAGUACUCCAGCUGGAAACCUUCACCUUUCUGCUGCUGUGUAUCUCAGUGGUGCAUCAUUUUUCACAAUUGAAAAGAUAUUUGCAGCUAUGAAGUUACAUCUUUUCAAGUACGACACCUUUCGUCGUCAUGCACGAAUGUGCAUUGAGCCUGCUAUUGUUUACAAAUGGAGAAACUGGCAGUAUGAGAUGCUACAGCUGUUGGCUCAAAGGGAAAAGGUCAUUGUUGGAGGAGAUAUGAGGGCUGACUCACCAGGGCACUCUGCCAAAUAUGGCAGUUACACAAUAAUGGACCUUGAGACAAACACCGUUGUUGAUGUACAACUCGUCCAGAGUAAUGAAGUGGGAGGAAGUUACCACAUGGAAAAGGAAGGUUUGAAGAGAGGUCUUGACUUUUUGGAUGCUCGUGGAGUGACUCUGGACUGCAUUGUGACUGACCGACAUCCGCAAAUACAAAAAUUCCUCAGGGAACGCAAUGUCAACCAAUUCUAUGAUGUCUGGCACAUAGAGAAAGGAAUUUCAAAGCAGUUGGAAAAAGUGUGCAAGUUGAAGGGUUGUGAGAAAAUACGUAAAUGGUUGCAUAGUAUAAAAAACCACAUCUAUUGGACUGCUGCAUCAUCAAGCAGUGGACCUGAAAGAGUGGCUAAAUGGACGUCUAUGCUAAACCAUAUGCAAAAUAAGCACACACAUGAAGACAGCAAUUUUCCAGCAUGUCUACAUGGAACAAGGAGAAGUCGAGACACAAAAAAGUGGCUAGCUGCUGGAACACUGCCAUAUCUCAAGUUGGAGAAAGUUCUCUCCAACAAGAGAAUUGUGAAGGAUGUUGCCAAGCUAAGUCCGCACUAUCAGACUUCUUCUAUCGAGGUUUUCCACAGUGUAAUACUACGGUUUACACCAAAAAAUGUGGUUUUUCCAUUUCUGGGAAUGUUGUGCAGACUAUACCUGGCUGCACUACAUUACAAUGAGAAUGCCGGGCGUCCUCAAGCCACAACAGCAGCUGGUCGACCGGUGUUCAAAGUGACCUUUCCAAAGGCCAAGAAGGGAGAAUACCGGGUCAGAGAAGUUAAGACACAAGCAACAUUCAGAUAUGUGGAUGACCUGCUGGACCUCAUAUUUGAUAAAGUCUUUGUGGAUCCUGCACCAUAUGUGGAUGAUGUUUUGAGGAUACCAAUACCACCAGCAUUGUGUGCAGAGUUUGACCGGCCAGAGAAGGAGGAGGCCAUCUCUAGUAGGGUAUCUCGCUUUAAUCAAUAG